GUUUUUAGGGUCUUAUUUCCACGUGUGUCUCUCGCUGAAUGUAAGGAAUCAAUCGUCUGACCAUUUCCGACUUAUCGCCCCUUUCCUAUUCGAUGAACAAUCUGGCACUGAUUUCUACUUGUCUAGAAGUUGUUACUCCGGAUACCAGGGCUGUUCCUUGUGAAGGACGUGAAUCUUUUGAAGACCUCUCCUGGGUACUACAAUUCGAAUUCUGCAACCGUGUCUUGGCCUAAAUCCUAGCCCCCCUUCCCCUCGAAAGCAAAAUGGAAACGACGCACGUAUGGGACGUUCUCCGAUCUUGAUCAAACGGCUAUGAUUGGUCAUCCGAAGCGAAAAGUGUUUGGGGCAAAACUAACUUCCCCCUCUCAGUAAGCACAGGGAGCACGAAGCGUCCUCCAAAAAGAGUAAAAUAGGCGCCAAAACCCCUCCUCCCUCGGCGGUCACCGGAACCCGAACGAGCGCCAAUAUUGCCUUCCCUCUCGCCUGAGGAAUCCCCCCUUCCUCCUCCCUCUUAUACCCCCGCGGAAUACCGGACUCCGAUGGCCGGCCUAUCCUUUUAUCUUGACGGGGUCCCUCUGGAUGCCCCCCUCUUGAACCCCUGCAACGGCCCUUCUCUCUCCCCCGACUUCGCCGACACCGACGCCGAGCUCCGGCUUCUCUUCGACCAGAUCUCCGCCACUCUUGCCGGAGAUUCCUGGCCGGAGAGCCCAGGGUUCGAAUCGCUCCGCUCCGAUCUCGUCGAGCGCUGGGUCCAGAGGUUCGUGGGCGAGGGCGGUGAAGGGAGUCCGUGCGAUCGGAGGUUUUCUUUGUGCCCGGAUCUUAGGCGGAGGAUCGAAGCGCUUAUCCGCGAACGUUUGAGCGAGAGAAUGGACGGGUCGAAGGAGGCGGGACGUCUGGGUCUUUCGCCGGGUUCGUCGGGUUCGAGGAAGAGGAAGAGGUACUUGGAGGACAUGCUGAGGCAGGUGAGAGCCUUCGCCGUCGACCCCCGCAGUGGAACGACUGGAGGAAGCGGUGGAGGAGAGGGAGGAGGAGAGGAAUGGGGGAAGCAGGUGCUGGAUGCGCGGCGUACUCUGUACCUGAGCACGGCCGAGUUCGCUAAUAUCGAGGAUUUUCCUUCGUAUCCUCAGAUGAAUCAGAAAAAUGAUGAGCAGUCUUCAGUAAAAGCAUGGAAGAAACGGGGAGGAACUGUAACUCGGCCACAACGGAGAUCUCCAAGAAUAGCUCAAAAGCUGAAUGUUAAUGCACGUCAUCUUGUUACCCUUAGGAAACGAAUUGGAGUUGGUCCCUCCUUUCAGGCUGAUGUUUUAGAGUGGACAGGCCUACCCAAUGUGGAAGAACAUUCCGAGGACAAAGAUUUGGAUGAUUCAAAGUGGUUGGGUACCAGAGUCUGGCCAUUAGAAGGUGAUGAUAGAAGAACUAGUGAGGUGAUGAUUGGGAAAGGCAGGACAGACUCAUGUGCCUGUGCCUCUCCGGGAUCAUUAGCCUGCAUUAGGUCUCAUGUAAGUGCAGCAAGACUUCGACUCCAGUCUGACCUAGGUCAAGCUUUCUUCAGUUGGGAAUUUGAUGGAAUGGGUGAAGACAUUUCCACGUUGUGGACGCAUGAGGAGCAGAUGACGAUUGACCCUCUUGAAAGACUGAAUCCUGAGUCAGAAUGCAAGACUUUCUGGAAACUUGCCGAGAAAUGUUUCACCUCCAAGAGCAGACAAGAUUUAGUGAGGUACUACUUCAAUGUCUUUAUUCCAAGGCGGAUGAGCAGCCAGAGCAGAUUGCCAUCUGCAGAGCUCAGUUCUGAGGAAGAUGACGAUGAUGACAAUAACAAUGAUGCCAAGAAAGAUGAUGAUGACAAGAAAGAUGAAAAACCUCAUGACGAUGAUAAGAAGGGCAAAGCUCUUCAGGCCUCACGCUCCAGUUCUUUUCAAAGGUCUAGAAAGUCGAAGAAGAAACCUUGAAGGCAUAUUGUCCGCCAUAUGGGCAUACCGUUGUGGUGCUUCAGCAUGUAGGCUACUCUGAAGUCAGACGUUGUUUGUGUUUCUUGGCUUGGUGAUUAAGAGAUUCCAGAUGGGUCUAAUUUUUGCGGAUUUUAGAAGGUUCAUAGCCAGUAAGGUUCAAAGAAUGAGCCGGUUAGGUAGAUCAUCCUCAACAGCUAAAACUGAUCGGUAAAAACUGAUGGGAACCUUGUUGAGUUCGUAGCUGUCAGGGGAUAUUUUCAAUAAUUUGAUUUUUCAAAUGCACAGGAUAACUGUAAAAAGAGGUAUCACACUACGUGUUUCACAAUUUUGGAUAUUUUGUGUUACAAUUGGUUUUUUGCUGGAUUAAUAUCAUUUUUGCCUAUUUAUAGCAACUUUAGAAAUGGCAGAUUUUACA